AUGGACAACAAGCAGGAUCUCAGCCCGUCGCACUCGCAUCAUGAGGAAGUGCUGUACAAGCCCGACUGCCAUGAGGUAGCCAAUGCGGCAAUGCCAGACAUUCUGAGAGUGCUCACCCCGGAAGAGUAUAAGAAGACGGGCUUCAGAGCGACAUUGAAGAUGGACGUUAUGAUAUUCCCAUGUCUGAUGCUCAUGUACAUCCUCAACUACCUCGAUCGUAACAACAUCGGUGCCGCUAAACACGCAAAUAUAACCGAGGACCUUCACCUCUCAUCCACAGAGUAUCAAAGUUGCAUUUCGGUCUUGUUUGCUGGAUAUACGGUGUAUAUAUGCGCUGCAAUGGGCAUUUGGGGCGUGAUCUCAGCUUGCCAGGCGGCUGUGCAUAACUUCGCUGGCUUGAUGGUCGCUCGGUUUCUAAUCGGAUUCGUCGAGGCCGUAUUCUUCCCGGGUGCCCUGUAUUAUCUGUCCGUGUUCUAUAACAAUAUGCCUUUCGGGCAGCGCUGUUCUACUCGGGCUCGCAGCUGGGUAAUGCCAUUGGGGGCUUAUUCGCAAUCGGCAUUCUCCAGUUAG